AUGUUGUAUUUUCGAGAUCUGAUCAAUGGGAUACGUAGAGAGAAAUUUGUCAAAGCGGAAAGAGAUGAAAUCUUGUCAUUUCUUGACCGAGCUUUUGUACGGCUAGAUGCAUGGUUUCAAUGGUUCAGUACUUCCCAGAUAGGUAACAAGAACAAUUGUUUGCUUUCAGUCUUCAACUGCAAAGUGUUUCUUGUUUCUAGCACUUACAUUAGAGCCAUUCUGUUUCUGUGUUUUGAUCAAACACCAGGGAAGGAGAUGGGAAGUUACUUUUGGCAUGGAAGAGACAAAAGCCUUAGAGCAUCAGCAUUGUCACUUUCCUCGAGGUUGGAUGAUUAUCCUCGGGCUUCACACCCAAGCGAAGAUGAGAGGCACGUCAACCUCAGAUGCUGGAUGUAUCUUGCGGCGGAUUGCAUGAACUCCAUCACCGAGUUUCUGGGAGAAAAAGACCUUGUGACGAUGCACUAUGACCAUGACCAUGGGGCGUACAUCGACUUUGGUUACCAUACAGAACAAGUUCGGUUGAUAUGGAACGAGGUAGUUGAUGAAGAUGGUCACCUAUCUCGAGAGCUUGUAAGGGAGACAUUUGGGAAGCCAGAGCUAAGAUUGGUUCCUCACAUCGGUUAUGUCAGCUUCUUUCCCUUCAUGUUUAGAAUCAUCCCACCAGAUUCUUCAAUCCUCGGCAAACAGCUUGACCUCAUUUCAAACAGGAGCAUUGUAUGGAGCGACUAUGGACUACUUUCACUUGGCAAAACUAGUGCUUUGUACAUGAAGUAUAAUACUGAGCACGAAGCACCAUAUUGGAGAGGUGCAAUAUGGAUGAACAUGAAUUACCUGAUUCUUUCUUCCCUGCACCAUUACUCUAUAGUGGAUGGACCGUACAGCGACAAGGCAAGAACUAUUUAUGAGGAACUAAGGAGCAAUCUGAUAAGGACCGUCGUUAGGAACUAUGACCAGACUGGAUAUAUCUGGGAACACUACGAUCAAACAAAAGGAACUGGAGAAGGUGCACGUAUCUUCACAGGCUGGUCUGCACUUAUCGUCUUAAUCAUGUCCGAAGAGUACCGUGUGUUUUUAGUAACCGUUUUGAUUACCAACAUUUGUAACUUUAAACAUCCAAUCUAUCCACUAGUGUUUGUGAACAAAAUAAGGCAGUCUCCUCCAAAGACUUUAAUGAAAAAGAAACCACAAUACAUCAAGAUUCAUAGCCCAGCUACUACGUACAUGUUAAAAUCCAAAGCUAGCCUUGUCAUGUCUGAGCAUAACAAUGUACCCACCAAACCAGGCAUAUAG